CGAAGACAUUUACUUUUCGGUGUGCGCUGGCCACUGGUGGAAAUGUCUGCAGGUAGGUAGAGGAAUCGACUUCAAGAUCACUAUAAAAGUUGAUUAGUAACUGGCACGACUGCAUUAUCCUUUCGAUCGAUACAGCGAUCAACAUGAGAGCCAUUCAGAUUUGCACGUUGGUGUUAGCUGUAGUAGGCUCAAUUACUACCAAAGAUGUAAAACCAUCCAAACGAGGUCUUUUGGACUUGGGGUAUGGUUACAGUGGUUCAGUCCUUAAUGGAGGUAUCCUUGGACAUCAUGGUGGUCUAUCUUUGAGCAGCCAUGGAGGUCACGGCAUCUACGGAGGACAUUCUGGUUAUUCAGGAUUAUCAUCAUCAGGACUUCUUUCUGCAUUGGGUUCCGGGUUUGGAGCUGGUGCUAUUGGUGGUGAUACCACCAGUGUAACCACCGUCAAUGAAGCAGUUGCUGUUGAGGUACCUCAACCUUAUACAGUAACAGUCAAUCGUCCAGUGCCUGUUCCAGUGCCUGUUCAUGUACCUGUGGAUGUACCACGUGCCGUACCAGUUGAGGUACCACAACCCUACGCUGUAGAAGUACCAAGACCAUACCCGGUGACCGUUACCCGUCAUGUGCCUGUUCCACAACCCGUCGCUGUUCCAGUACAUGUUGCUCAACCUUAUCCUGUGUCUGUACCACAUCCAGUUCCGGUUACCAUCAACAAACAUGUUCCAGUAAAGAUACAAACACCUGUGGUUGUAGAAGAACCUGUUAUAGUUGGACAUGGACAUGGACAUGGAUACAGCGGGUAUGGUUUGGGACAUUAUGACAGCUUAUCACUCAGCCAUGGUCAUGGACAUGGACAUUUCGGUUACCAUUAAGUAAAACUUCAAAAAUUAACAUUAACACCAAAAACCAAGAAAAAUAUUCUCAAUAUCUUAACUAAACUUUAUAAUAAGAACUGAAUUUUUGACAAAAUGUAUUAUUAUGAUUUAAGAAACAAUAAAAACUUGUUUUGUA